AUGGCCGACAUGUUGAUCGCGCGUAAUAUCUACCCCGACAGCCCACCUGCUAUGCAAACCAGGCUCCAGAUCAAUCCGACUCUGAUGAUGAGCUGGUGGGCUACGGGCUUUUCCUUGGCCAUCAUUAUCGUGCGCCUAUUUGGCCGCUACAUUCGCGUCGAACGCUUCUUUCCAGAAGACAAGGUUAUGAUGAUCAGCGUCAUUCCCUUGACCAUUCGUAUGGUCUUAGUGCACUUCGUUCUCGUCCUGGGAACAAACAACACCACAACGACAGGCUUGACCGAACAAGAUAUCCUAAAUCGCGAGCUGGGGAGCAAGCUGGUUCUUGCCGCGCGCAUCUUCUACGCAAUCUUCAUCUGGACAGCCAAAGUGACAGUCUGCGAAUUCCUCAAAAGAGUAACAGGGCUCCGCUGGCGCCGUUCAACAACCCUCUUUCUGAACUUCAUCUCCAUCUUCCUCUUCUCAACCCUCGUCGCCGUGGUAAUCGCCACUCUAGCCGAAUGCCAACCCUUCACCCACUACUGGCAGGUCGUCCCAGACCCAGGCCCAAGCUGCCGCACAGGCUACGUGAACCUGAUAACAAUGGGCACCUGCGACGUAAUAACAGACCUCCUCCUCGUCGCCUUCCCAGUCCCCAUCAUCCUCCUCGCCCAAAUGCCCCUCAAGCGCAAACUCGCCCUCGUCAUCCUCUUCGCCCUCUCCCUAAUCCUAGUCGCCAUAACAUCCUACCGCGUCCCCUCAGUCAUAACCCACUCCGGCUCCCAACAAUACCGCUCCCUCCUCGCCUCCCUCGAAAUCCUCGCCGCAACAGCAGUCUCAAACGUCCUAGUAAUAGGCUCCUUCGUCCGCGACCGCGGUAUCAAAAAAUUAAAAUACAAACGCGCUCACGCGGACGCCUCAAUCUCAGAAUCAAUGGACAAAUCCUUCCGCAGAAAUACUAUCAUGCAGAACCAGUGGGGCUCGGACUCGGACCUUGCCUCUGGUCUCGGCAUCCGUCUAGACCCAGAAGCUUAUGCCCUCCCGCCCACUCUCCCCCUCGCAGUCGCCCGCACAGGCUCAAUAGACCCGUCCUGGUCUUUCCGCUCCCGCGAUGAUGACGACAACUCCUCCGACAGCGGAGAGUUCAAGGCUCCCCACGAGUACCUCCGCACAUCCCAGUCCCCCCGAGACCGCGACCUCCCGUCUCCGCGCCGCGUAUCGUUCUCAGAUGUCGGCGGCUUGCUGAAGAAGCCACUCCAUGAGAAGCCCGGCCAUGCACGCUCCCAAACUCUUGCUCCGCCUGAGGUGGCGCAGCGCCGCGGCGGGAGUAGGGCUUUUUUGGAGGACUUGGGGAUCUUUGGGCUUGGGGUUGCGCCAGCGGCUUUGGCGCGGCGGGCGGCCGGGUCGGGAUCUGGGUCUACGGAGACUGAGCUUGAUACUGGUGUUGAGUUGCAGGAUGUUGGGGGGCUGUUGUCGAGGCCGAGGUCUUGA